AUGGACAGUGAAUGGUUUCGAGGACAAGUCGUCUUCCUCACGGGGGCGACUGGGAAUCUUGGCGCCUGUCUGUUAUACAAGCUAGCCAUUCAACUCCCAACUGCCAAAAUAUUUGUACUGGUGCGGGGUUCCGUGCAAAGGGCAAUUGAAGCAUGGGAGCAGUCGAUGCCAGAACAAGUGGAGGAGAUUAUCGCCACUUGCAAGAUUCAAUUCUUUCUCGGCGACAUGACCCAGCCUAACCUCGGUCUCUCACCUGCCAAUCUAUUACGCUUACAAAAUGAGGCCACAGUGGUGAUCAAUGCCGCUGGUGACAUUGCUUUAUCUCGAGAUCUCGCAGAGACCAUACCCAUCAAUUGCACUGCUCAUCUAACGCUAGCUGCUCUACUAGACAGUCUCACUCAACUGCAGCGCUUCCUGCACAUAUCAACUACAUAUGUGUCCAGCUUUCUCCCCGACAGCGUGAUCAAGGAGCAAGUCUAUCCUCUAUACAGAGACCCGGUCGAUGAACUAGAGAAGAUUCUUGUCACAGGGAAGUCAUCCUAUACAAAAGAAUUCGCGGCUCCAUAUGCACUAGCCAAACACCUAGCAGAAUGUUUGCUUCUGAGUGGCGACCACAAAUUCCCCAUCCUCAUUGUUCGGCCCUGUCUCAUAUCACCGGCAAUUGAAGAGCCCUACCCACUCUAUGGCAGUGAUGGCGCCAUACCCAUACAUUCUUUCAUCCAAAUACUUCUGGGAGACGCUGAAUACGGGCCUCUGAAGCUCGAGCAAACACUGCCUUCACACGCAGCCUGCAAUGAGAUCCCAGUUGACCUCGUGGCUCGCACUUGCCUGGCCCAUAUUGCCCAAGGAACAAUGGGUGUGGUCCAUGCCAGCGCUGAUUUAUAUGUCUCUCGGUCGAUUGGGGAAUUGCUCGAGCGGAUGCGCCGCCAUGCGCCAGAGGGAGCGGUCGAGCAGGUACGAAAAGCUGGGAUUGAUCACGGAGAGGUCACGGCCCCUGAGUUUUACACCAUGAUCCAGCAAUUUGCACGGGACUGGAAAAUUGAGUGUACGCGGUCUGCUCAUCUGAAGCAGGUGGCGGGUCCGUUGGGACUUAACCUUGGAGAUCAUGACCCAGAAUUAUUCUUUAAACUCCGUAUCGAGCGGCUGGCGAAGACUCUUCUGGAAAAGCUGGAAAGUGCUAGUAUAGCAAGCAAUAAGGUCUAUCCGAAUAUCUCUUAA